UUAGCUUGUAUUAACCAUCGCCGUGACCUAACCUGUCAUGCACCGGAGAUGCGUGAGGAUUGAGGUGUGCUCUUUUGGGGUCUUUCUUCUUGCAAUAUGCUGAUAUAAUGGAGGUAUGAGCUCGGCUGGACAUAAUUUUGAGUUGUCAAGAGCUAAGAGUCAUGAAACUGAGUCCCUGUCAAGCUCCAGUAUAUGGCAAUUGUGUGUUAACAGUUCAUCUUGACGAUGAGGUGCUCCGCGAGGGAGAACAGGGCGAGGUGAAGCUCUUCCUGUUGUUCACGGGCUCCUCUCAGAGACAUCUCACCAGCACACUGAGGGUCGACCACACCACCCUUCAGGCUGUGUGUCCAGCUCAUGACUGCUGUGAGUCUGUGCCGGUGACCCUGUGUUCAGCGGGACCUGAUGGUUUCCUUCAGACUCUGGCCAGCAGACACCUGCUCUUCAUGCAGGACCUGGCCUUCGACAUGGCCCAGCUCCUGGUGAGCGCGGUGGGCCGGACAGACGUGCUGGAGGAGUCUCUGCUGCUGGAUGAACAUCAGAUCCCCCUGCAGGAGUGCGAGAGAAUGGACCAGAGUCUGGCCCUGGCCCUCAGACAUCUCACACUGCCCCCUGGCUGGAGCCUGCUGGGAGAUAACACAAGGCUGGAACCUCAAGAGACCCUCCUGCACUUCGCAGCUCGACGAGGACUUUUCAAAGUGGCCAGUUUUCUCCUGAAGCAGCCGGGGGCCCGAGAGGCCCUCAACCUGUGCAAUAAAGAGGGGGCCACACCGGCACUCAUCGCCCAGAGCCGAGGACACACGGCACUGCUGGAGCUCUUCAGACAGGGGGAUUCAGACGCAGGAAUCGGUAUCGAGACACUCAGACAGAUCUCCUCCUGGACACCGGCUGUACAGCACCACCCCUCUCUGAACACUUACACCCUCUCUGUAAGCAGCGAAGCGGGCGGCGCUCCACCCAACCUGCAGGCUGACAUCCGGCAAAUGCGCAGAUUGAUCGCCUGCCAUCAAAAGGGCAAGGGAGGAGUUGCGUUUCAACAGAGCUCCGAGUCUCCGCACACUUCCCAACUAUGUGUCGACAGCCUGGAGACCAGAGAUCCCUGUUUGGAAGAGACGCAGCGCGACUCCCUUGAUAUAAGAGAGCUGGGGUUCACUCCUUUCAGCACAAAAGAAAACAAAGCAUGUAAUGACCGGCUGGAUCUGUUACAUAACAGGGAGGGUGACGGAGGUUCCUCGCUCGGCUGCGAAACUACGGCGUCUCCCUUACACAAUGGUAACAGUGAAAAUCAGCGGGUGUAUGCUUGUGAAAACAGUCAGAGAGAUUACACAGAGCGAGAGGAGAGUUUAGAUGUAGGUGUGGUUAGUGCCGGGGACGCGGGACAUAGUAGUGAUGGUUUACAGAGCAGAUCCGAGAGUGAGAGUAUAGACUGCAAAGCGCCUUCCUGUAGACGACAGCAAGAGGGAACUGAUAAAGCUGAGGACUUCAUCUGUGAAACAUCGGGUCGGGCUGAGGGGGAGAAUCAGCAAGACGGACCAAAUUCAAAGGAGAAGCAACAAUCUGAGUUUGGUCACACAGAAGAGGCAGGAGAUAUGGGAAUCACGCAGUCUUUAGACACACCGGAAAGCUCGGAUGUUGAAUCUUGUUCUCAGGGAGCUGAGACCGACGAUGAGGGGGAGGAUGGGUUUGUAGAUGCGUUAGGACCAGAGAAGGUCAAGGAAGAGCCGCCGGAUUUACACUCGGUCUUGGAAGAUUCAUUUAUAGAGGAUGAACAAGAUAGAAACGAUUCAUUGAUGAACCCGAAGCAAGAUGUAGAUGCGGACUGCUCAGAACAAAGUUUGGCCGAGAGUGAAAUGCACGCUUGUCAAGACUUUCGUGAUGAACCAGGAACCCAUGAGUUGGAAGGAUCCGAGGGUGGAGAGAAGGAAGGUGUUUGUGGUAUCUUCUGUAAUGUGGAAGACAGUCGAGGUCAUUUGUUCAAAGCUGUUGACCAGGAUGACAACAAAUUGUUUGAGGAUGCUCAUGAAAAGUUAGAGGAGUUACAAGAAUCGUCCCUCUCCGAGACAAAUGGAGGCCAGGAGAAGGAUGACACAGUAUGCAAGCUUAGCGAAACGACCUCACGGAUGGUUAACAAUUAUGAGGAAUUUUCACUUCAACUGUGUAAAAUAAACCAAGAACUGUUUCCUGUAGAAAAAACAUUUCUUGAUCCAAUGGUAGAAGAAGGUGAGAAGGACGAAGAGAGAUGUAUUGACACAUUACAAACUGAAUCAGAACCUCACAAACCCACCAGCGAGGACACCUUAGAACCCGAUGAUGUUGAGCUCUGGUCCUCCGACAGAUUUCGAAUAAGUUGCAAGAAUCUGCAUGGUAGUUACCUUCAGAUGAACAAAUUCCUUUGCGAAGCUCAAGCGACACCGGAGGAAGCUGUUGAGUCAUCCAUGCCUGAAGAUAUGGAGAUUGUGAAUCUCCCAGAUGACUGUCCUCGGGAUCAGAUGCAGGAUAUGACCUCAAACCAUGAGGUCACGCAGGCCACAUCACAAACAGACUUUUCAGAAAGGGAAGCAGGUGGAGUGUUUAUGCAUACAGAUCAAUCUGGGGAUCAUGGCAUCCUACCUGCUCUUUUAGACAAACUGGAUGAGUCGGAGAACACGGGGAUCUCUGAAAAAGACCCAAGAGACACAGAAGAUCCGUCAAGUUCUUUGGUCCACAAUGACCAUGUAGGUGGUGCCUUACAUAUCGAAGAUUCUAAGGAGGACACGGCAGGAUUAUAUCCUAAAGACAUCCAAGAGUCAGAGGUUGACGUACACGAGGUUGCACAACCAGUGAAUGAAGAAGACCUGCUGAAAGGGGCGUAUGGCUGUUCGGAGGAUCAAGUGGACACUCAGAAGACGACAUGGACUGAUGUGGACAUUGACAGAAACGCACCAAUGAUUCAUAGAGACAAAGACGCGCUGUGUUCCAGUGUUCCCCAGAAGAGACACAGCAUAGCAUCCCCAGAGAAGUUUCCAGACUGUCACGGCACUUCAGAAUCGCUCACAUUUCGAGACUCCAGCAGCGACACGGAUGGAUUUCUCAGUCCAGACGCUGGUGAGGACAACGUCUUCAGAAAGGAGGCAGUAGGUGGAGGCGACAGCACCAGCGAGGUCUCCGUCUCCUGUUCCUCCACAGACGACACGGCCAGCGUGGGACACCCCAGCUCAUCGGCCGAGAGUUCGGAGGAGGUGCGGCACAGAGGGGAGGCGGCGGAGGAGGCCAAAGACAGGCUGACGGAGGUGCCUCUGCGCUCCUCUCUCCUCCGAUCCACCGUACGCUCGCUCUCUCCCUUCCGCAGACACAGCUGGGGUCCGGGGAAGAACCAGGGAGGGGGAGGCGAGAUGAACCGGCGCAGCUCAGCACGACGUUCGGGAGAGGAAAAGCCUGUAUUUUACAGAAGAAGUUUGAGUUGGUGCCACUGUGACCCCCCCAUCCGUCCAGACCUGGAAGACAUUAGAGCGCUCAUCAGUUAUAGUUUAGAGGGGCUGUCAGCUGAGGUGGAGGAUGGAAAGCGCUGGAUGCCGCAGUCUGGAGGUCCGUCUAAGGAUCAGCGAGGGGUCCAGAGACAUGAUAGUGAAGAGAGGGGCUCGCUGGUGUCCCUCACAGAGGAGGGUCCACAGUCAGAUCUGGGAGACUACAGCAGUCCAAGGGGUCAGAAAUCAAGGAGGUAUCAUCCAUUGAGGCACAACAGUCCGUCCGUGGCUCUUCCCCUAACCAAAUCCAUCUCUAUGUUUUCCAUCAGCCAGAGAGAUAUAGAUGGUAUGAGGUCAUUCACCAGCACAACCAGGUCAAUGGGAUACAGCAUCACAGAAGAGGAACCUGGACCUUUAAGAGGGGAUUUCGAAAAAAGCACCACCAAAGUGAGCCGUACGUUCAGCUACCUGAAGAGUAAAAUGUACAAGAAAACCAGAGAAAAAGACAAAAGUCGGGAGAAAGAAGCCAAAGAUAAGAGAACGGUGAACGGACAUCAGUUCUGCACAUCGAACACGCUGCAUCCGGCUUUAUGUCAGCAAUGCAACAAAACGCUCAACACUAAAGAUGCUGUUAACUGCACAAUUUGCAAUGUAAGAGUCCACAAGAGCUGCAGAGAAAAUCUCCCCAUUUGUUCAAAAGGGAAAAUGAAGUUUCAGAAACAGCAGUUCGCAAUACCAGAGUCGACCACUAUGCCUGUUGUCACCCUACGAACAAAAUCGUCGACAAUGCGGGAACGGCCCUGGUCUGCCAUCUUGUCUCCUGAAGAGCACUAUUUUAACACACCAUCCAGAAGACCCACCAGUAUUAUGCCAUUCCACAGCAGCAACCUGUCCAAAAGCAUGUCCAUUAACAAUAUAGCCAUGUUUGAUGAAAUGCCUCUAAAAGGCUUGCGGUAUCUGUCUCAAUCCACAGACUCUCUGCACAAACCCAAUAAAGUCACAGAAUCUACAGAGUCUCUAGAUGAAGGAACCGAGAUCAUUGACGGGCAUCUGAUGGGAGAGUUCGAGGCGGACGUUAAAGAAUUCGAGGCAGACUCCUGGAGUCUCACUGUGGAUAAAACAUGUUUGAGGCAACUCAAGAAGGACAUCAUUAAAAGACAAGAUGUCAUCUAUGAGCUGAUCCAGACAGAGAUUCAUCACGUUCGGACGUUGCGGAUCAUGUCUGAUGUCUACAGUAAGGGUAUCCUGACUGACCUGCAGCUGGAUGUUCAGAUUUUAGAGAAGAUGUUCCCCGUGUUGGACGAUCUGUUGGAUCUGCACACGAUGUUCCUCAGCUCACUGCUGGAGAGGAGGAGAGAGUCCCGGCUGGAGGGUUUGGACGGGGGGAUUGUGAUCAACAGGAUAGGGGACGUGUUGGUCAGCCAGUUCUCAGAGUCUAACACAGAAAGCAUGAGGAAAGUCUAUGGCACAUUUUGCAGUCGACACAACGAAGCAGUGAACGUCUACAAAGAGAUGCACGCCAGAGACAAACGCUUCCAGGCUUUUAUCAGGAAAAAAAUGAGCAGCAGCGUGGUCCGGCGUCUGGGCAUCCCCGAGUGUAUUUUACUGGUCACUCAGCGGAUAACAAAGUACCCGGUGCUGUUACAGAGGAUCCUGCAGCACACGAGAGAGAACGAGGGAGAUUUUGAGGACCUGACCCGGGCGUUACAGCUGGUGAAAGACAUUAUAGCCUCAGUUGACAGUAAAGUCCACGAACAUGACAAGAAGAGACGGCUGAAGGAUAUCUACGGCCGUACGGACAGCAAAUCCAUCACACGCAUGAAGAGCGGUCAGAUGUUCGCUCGAGAAGAUCUACAGCGCAGUGGAAAGCUUCUCCACGAUGGUCCGUUACAGCUGAAGAACACUGCUGGCCGACUAAAGGAUGUCCACGCACUUCUUCUGGCUGACGUCUUGGUGUUCCUCCAGGAAAAAGACCAGAAAUAUGUCUUUGCUUCUCUGGACCAGCGAGCCACCGUGAUCUCGCUGCAGAAGCUGAUCGUGCGUGAGGUGGCUCACGAGGAGCGAGGUCUCUUCCUCAUCACCGCCGGCAUCGAGAAGCCGGAGAUGGUGGAGGUGCGCACCAGCUCCCGUGAGGAGCGCAACACCUGGAUGCGGCUCAUACAGGACGCCAUGCACUCCAUAGAAAAAGAUGAGGAUGAGGGCAUCCCGAGCGAAACGGAGGAAGACAAGAAACUGCUCGAAAUCAAAACCAAAGAAAUGAGAGAUAUGGUGCAGAGGAAAGACGAACAGAUCGUCUCGCUCCUCCUGGAGAAGAUGAAGCUUUUCCGUGACAUGUGCGGCUCGCCCGACGACCCUGUUAAGAUGCUUUUCAGGGCUAACAAUGAGGAAGUGCCCAAAGGGGAACCCAUCAUGAUGGACGCUCUUAAAGAAGUGGAGAUGUUGCAGGCGCUGGUGAACAGCAGUCUGGGAGGGGCGGUGGGUCAGCAGGUGGCCUGUGCCCAGGGGAUCGUGGGGCCUGUGUGUCUGCCGCGCAGAGCCGAGACCUUCGGAGGAUUUGAUAGCCACCAGAUGAGCACGUGCAAACAGAGUGAAAAAGAAGAGUGUGAAGAUCUGAGGAGAACAGAAUCUGACAGUGUUUUGAAGAAGGGAGGAAAUGCCAACCUGCUCCUCCUGCUGAAGAGAAACAGUGAGCAGGUCCUGUCAAGUGUCACCCACCUGCACGACCUCCUGUCCUCACUGCAGGCUGUGGUCCUUCAGCAGGACACCUUCAUCGAGGACCAGCGUCAGGCUCUGAACGAGCGCGCCCCCUCCCGUCCCUCCUCACGCCCCCCCUCGCUGGUGGAGCAGGAGAAACAGCGCAGCCUGGAGCGCCACCGGCAGGAGGCCACCGCCCUGCAGCGCCAGCAGGCCGCCCACGUCGAGGAGAAACGCCGCAGGGAGAGGGAAUGGGACGCAAGGGAGCGGGAGCUCACCGACCGGGAGGUGCUGCUCCACGUGAGUGAGGAGGAGGCGCGGAGGAGGCACACCGAGCUGGAGGAGGUGCAGCGGGAGCUGCAGGGGAGAAAGGAGGAUUAUCAGAAGGAUCUGGAGAGACUGAGAGACGCUCAGAGGAGGCUGGAGAGGGAGAAGGAGCAUAUGCAGAGGGAGGCGGAGAGAGUGGAGCAUCUGCGGCAGGUGGAGGCACGGAUUCAGCGCACCUCAUCCAGCACCUCCGAGGACUCCUUAAAGUUCCAGAGCAGCGGCUCCAUGGAGAAAGAGAUGUGGGAGGGCGAGCUGUCCUGCAGCCCCAGGAAAAACUCCCUCUCCAGGAUGGACUCCAAACAGAAGGGUCGCAGCCUUUUCUCGCUGGGCGGCAAAACUCAGAGCACAGACAGCCAGAACCAGAUUCCCUCCCGACUGCUCCAGCUGGCCACGUCCAAGGACAAGAAAGACAAGAAGAAGAAGAAGAGCAAGAAUCAGGCACCUCAGGAAGCAGAAUCACACCUGUUGCCCCUGACCGAGCCUUCAAUGGACGGAGAGAUAUUUUUCUGCUGAUUUACCCAUCAUUCCUUCUCUCUCAUGGGUGUCAUAUCAGAUCACGCUGGAAGUGGUCCGAAGCGGCCUCUUCAUAGCCAAACCCUGGACGCUGGCCCUGUGAUCUGCCGAAGAUAUAAACGGUGAAUUUGACAGAAUUUGAGGUUCCACCUCAAAGUCAAAAGCAUAAAUAAAACAAGGCGUAGGGCUUUCGGUUUAACGCAUUCAUUUAGUGUGAAUGUAUUUGAAUCCAACCUCAUUUAAAAAUAAACUGCCCGGAAAUUCCACGAAUAGUCAUUUUUUACAAUCACAAAUAUUUCAGAACAAACAUUUGUUUUGCAAGUCCCCAAAGCGUAGAUGACUUUAACAACCAUCCAGAUCUCAUUUCUAAUAGUAAUGAAGCCCCCUUAAACUUCCAAAAUGGUUAUUUUAGUCAUACAGAAGUGUUUCUCGUUACUGUAAUACAAAAACGAUAUAUCUUAGACCUGCGAAGCAUGUUUCUGUACACAACAGUGUAUGUAUUUUACGGUAAAAUAUAGUUUUGUAGCAAUGAAAAUCACCAUUGACGUUGAGAAUAUCUUUUUUACUUUUGAUUUAGGAAUCUGGAUAUGUUUUUGUAAGAUUUUUACAAAACGAUUCGUGCAUUUAAAUUCGAAGGAAAAAACGAAUGGAUUUCUAUAAAGCCCCUUUGUGCAGACAGAAGGUUCAGAAGAUGCACAAAUGGGCGUCGCUGCGCCCCCUAUUGACCGUCUGCGUGUGCGGACAAAGCUGAUUCAAAUGAAAUGAAGGGUUAACAGAGUAGGGGAGAUAGGUGGCGUACCCUUUUCCCUGUGUUUUCUACUUUAGGUUGUCAAAGGACGUUCGCUUUGAAAUGCCACUUAGCACUUUAACACUGCUCAAAUGUUACUUCUACCCAAAAACGACAAUCUGUUUUCCGUUAGCAUUCCAACGCCGUUACGGACGGCUUGUGAAAAGAUUUUUGUGCCAUUGUAUUUCUUAUCCACACAUUUCAAGUUAGUUUGACAUUUUCGAAUCCAUUGUUUAAUGACUUUGGUGGAAAGGAUAAGAUAUACUGAAUGCAAUUGGAAGGAUAUUUCAAACUACCUGCUGGACAGGUAAAGCAGAUACAUCCGCACGGAAUACUGUACAUCUCACUCUUAUAAAUGCGAAUUUAUAAUACAUUAACCACGCUGUUCUCAAAUAUUCUUUUCACUCGAAGUGUCCACCUAUUUCAUCGUCUAUAAACAUUUGUCCUGCUGGUGUUUUUCAAGUCUUUUGUGCAAACAGAAUGUCGGUUGACUUGUUUUUCGUUUGUUUAGCCAUUUUUUUGUUUCAUUUAUUUUUUAAAGCAGUGGGUGCUUUUAAAACCCCUCUCUUGCGGUUUUGCAUUGCAACCUGCACUGACUCGACUCUGCCAAGAGGGGGCAGCAGAGAUCGGAGAAUUUCGCAGACCCUGUGGAUUUGCGUAACAUCAAAGUGAGGGCGUCAAAGAGGGGCACACGAGCGAUGACGUGCAAGAAUGAUUAUUUCCUCACGUGUGUAAAAGGGAAUUUCUCGUUCAGGGAAGCCUAAGGCCUUACAGAACUCUCAGUAUCACUUUAGUCCUCAGGAAAAAGCAGGACGCAUACAGAAAAGUUCAGAAAAGUUGCUUAGCCUUAAGGAAACGUUAAAAUGCACUAAAAUAUCAGCCGGCAUUUUCUCAGGAGUAAAAUUUUAUUCAUCUUUGUUUUGAAAGUAAGGUUUCAUUUGUACAUUAAGGAACAUGUGUUUUCUUGCUAAAUAAACCACUUCUAAUUGUAUGUAAAUAAUGUUUGUGUAACAUGUUUAAUGUAAAACUAUGAACGUUAAUUUUGUAAGAUGUGUUUUGUGAGAAGUACCGCUUUAUUUAUCAUUAAUGUCUUAAGGCACACAAUAUUUUCCUCACAUUAAAAGCUGUUGCAAGUUUUUG